AUGGCGUCCAAGCGCUCUCGACAGGCCUUCGAAGCCGAUCUUCAAAACAAGACUUCCCCCUUCGUCGCGUACGGAACCCCCUUACCACCUACAGAUGAACAAUCAAGAGAUGACGGAUCUUUUGUGCCAAUUUGGAAACAAGAAGCCACCGAUGAACAAGGGAGGAAACGCUUGCAUGGCGCCUUCACUGGAGGCUUCAGCGCUGGGUACUUCAACACGGUAGGCUCUAAGGAAGGCUGGACCCCUUCUUCGUUUGUUUCUUCGAGACAGAAUCGGUUGAAAGAUGCCCAAAAACCUACCCAGAGACCCGAGGACUUCAUGGACGAGGAGGACUUGCGAGAGGCAGAAGAGUCGCGGGCCUUGAACAUCUCGAAUGAGUUCGCGGGUUUUGGCACUGAGCAUGAUCCCGUUCGCAAGACGGCCACCAUCGGCCUUUUUCGACCUUUGGACGAGACUAUUGGCUCAAAGUUACUCAAGAGAAUGGGAUGGAGAGAGGGCCAAGGAAUAGGGCCUCGUGUGAGGAGAGUAGCCAACUUGGGUGAUGACGAAGACGAGCCUGGUGAGAAGCACCUCUUCGCCCCAGAAGAUGUUCGUGUAGUCUCCUAUGAAAGGAAAACGGACUACAAAGGCUUAGGAUAUGAGAAGGUGCUGUCGAAUGCCCGAGAGCCAACGACUAAACCCCUCGUAGGGCAGGAGGAUAGCUCUACCCGUGGUGAAUCUCCUGAUGAGGAUGCAUUUGGGCCGCGCCUCGGAAGUUCAAGGAAACACGUACAACGAAGCAAGAAGAGUGGUAUUGGGGUCGGUGUUCUCAAUGACGAUGGAUCUGAUGACGAGGACCCUUACUCCAUGGGGCCCAAAAUAUCUUACCACAGAGUCAUAGGAGGUGACAAAAAGUCGAAGACUAAACCAAAGAACCCUGUGAGCUCUCCGAAUCCUCUGCUAAAGACCAAACCUACAUUUAUCUCGAAAAAGCUGGCGGAGUUGAAGGGCGCCCUGAGGAGAUGCCAUGAUGGCCGGUUACCCCUAGAAGGAUUUGUUUUAGCCGACCAGUUGGGUAUUAUGACUAUCCAGGACGACAAGUACCGACCGCCCGAAGUCCCCGUUGGAUGGAAGUCGUCUGUCUUGAAGGAAACCAUCACCAACUCUGGGCCGCCUACUGUUUCAAGUGCUGAGGCUGCCAGAGCUUCGACUCUGACUGCCAAAUCUCGGGCUAGCAUCUUGGGAGAGUCACAACUGCCUGGAAAGUCCGUGUUUGAUUUCUUGACGCCUGCUGCCCGCGACAAGCUUGCCGCUGCGUCAGGUCGACAAGACCUCCCUACAGCAGGAAGCGAAGCACGUCCCAAGGGAUUUGAAAGCCCUAAAUCUACACCGUUAACCGCACAGAGUCUUGUCCCUCAUCUUGCUCCAGAUGUGGCGCUCCAAGCGCUUCAUCGUGGCACUAACGGUUGGAUGCCGUAUGCUGAAGAUGAGAAGAAGCGGAAUAGAUACCGUAUCUAUCUUGAGAUCCAAGCUGGUCUCAGGAAAACUGCAGAACGCGACGAACUCCCUGCCCGUGCAGAGGGAAUGACGCAAGAUGACUGGGUGAUAGAAAUGCAUGAGUUUGCCCGAGCCGCCGAGGUCUUUAAACCCAUCAGCGGCCUGAUGGCCAGCCGCUUCACCUCUUCUUCGUCUCUGCCAGAAGGUCAAAAUGGUGACUUGAGCAACGACACGAAGGAAUCCUUGUUUGUCCGGUCGAAUGCCAAACCCGAGGAUCCGGCUGAGUCCGCCGCCAAAAUGGGUAUGUUUGGUCCAAUGACUAGGUCGGUGUCAAGUUUCUCUCCCACCAGGCUUCUUUGCAAGAGAUUCAAUGUUCCUCUACCGGACCACACCGCUUCUGCAGUCCCUAGCGCGAGGACAGAUAUGGCAUUUUCCGGGAAAGAACAUACCCCUGGGGCAACUCAACAGUCCCGCUCCUUCAUGUCAGUGGGCGGCCAAACCGUGCCAAGUGACGUUGACAAUGUUCAGAGAGCAGAGCGCAAUGUUCAGAGCUCAAAGACAGAAACGGGUGAAUUGGGUCUGGAGGUGCCAAUGGGACCUGCUGUGAUCCAACCAGACCGGAACGAAGCAUUGGAGCAGGAAAGACCUGGGCAAGCUGUAUUUAAAGCUAUAUUCGGGAGUGAUGAUGAGGAUGAUUAG